GGCCUGGCGGGUCACGUGCCUUCUGCCCCGGAGCAAAAUGGCGGGGGGAGGCGCGCCCGGCCACUGAGGUGCCCGGCCCUGCUCCUGCUCCUGCUGCGGCUCCUCCUCCUCCGCCGGCGGCCGGGCCUGGAGCGGCGAUGGCGGCGCCGGGCGCCGAGGCCGAGUACGAGUCGGUGCUGUGCGUCAAGCCCGAGGUCAGCGUCUACCGCAUCCCGCCGCGGACCUCCAACCGCGGCUACAGAGCCUCUGAUUGGAAGCUGGAUCAGCCAGAUUGGACUGGACGACUUCGCAUUACCUCGAAGGGCAAAACUGCAUAUAUCAAACUUGAGGACAAAGUUUCAGGAGAGCUUUUUGCUCAGGCUCCGAUAGAUCAGUAUCCCGGCAUUGCUGUGGAGACGGUGACAGAUUCCAGCCGGUACUUUGUCAUCAGGAUUCAGGACGGGAAUGGUCGUAGUGCGUUCAUUGGCAUUGGCUUUGGAGACCGGGGUGAUGCCUUUGACUUCAAUGUUGCUCUGCAGGAUCAUUUCAAGUGGGUGAAACAAGAGACUGAAAUCUCCAAGGAAUCCCAAGAAAUUGACAGCCGUCCCAAGUUGGAUCUAGGGUUUAAGGAAGGACAGACCAUUAAAUUGAAUAUUGGGAAUAUGCCAACAAAGAAGAGUGGGAUGACCAAGCCACGCCCAGCAGGAUCAGGAGGACCCAGCCUGCUCCCACCACCUCCUGGGGGCAAAAUUGCCCUCCCUUCUGUCCCGCCUCCUCCCUUGACGGCCAUUUCCAAUCAUGUCACACCACCCCCAGUGCUGAAAUCCAACAACGUGGGCAACGCAGAUAUCUUGCUGGACUUGGAUUUGCCUCCUCCCAUUCCAAAGGUGCCUGAACCUGCUGCAGUUCCGGCCACCACAGAUCUCUGGGGAGACUUCAGUGCUGCAUCCAGCCAAUCGCCCCAGCCUUCCAGUUGGGUACAGUUCUGAAGGACUGUGAAGUGGGGAUGGACCGGUGACCUUGGCAUACAGUGGCUCCGUAUUGGGUGGGAGCGAGCUGAUGUCAUUGGGUCUUCAGUGAAAAUGUGGUUUCAGACAAUCCUGCUUUUGUUAACAUUUCCAUUUGCAUUUCACAUUGAUAGUUUUGAUCAUCCCGUGAACCUGUGAAAACCUGUGAGGAUUCUACCCUGUGAUAACUGUGGAUGGAGGAGGAGGUGGGCGGGAAGAGCUCUCGCCAUCGGCCCUGCAGCUUCAAAGCUGAGGAAGAGAUGUUGGUGCUGUGAGGAAUGGGAGUAUCCUGAGCAGUGUUGGCUUAUCCUUCAGAUUAGUUCCCUUACAGAAUAGUAGUAAUAUUAGCUGGAACAGGUUGGUGAGCACUGACAAGUAUGUUCAGGGGAGAACUGAAAGCUCAAGAAACAACCCUGUACACAUGGCGGGACCUUUUCUCCAUGAACAGGUGACUUUCUCAGAAUAUGUUCAUGUGGAACUGGCUCGAGACUUUCUCAAGCAUGUUGUCCCUUCAGUUUUGUGGUAGGAAAAUAAAAGGGCACCGUUCCUGACACAGAUGGUCUGUACCCUUGUGUGCCACCCAUGAAUCCCAUUAUUCUGUCCCUUCCUCCUGAAAGCUGAAAAUACUUGGAAGAUUUUUUUGAGCCCUGUAAAUAGUUUUCCUGCAGAAGAAGUUCUCCUUUCAUCCUUACAGGCAGUGAUCAAUAGCAGCAGGUCUACCUGCAUGUUUGACAAAGUGCUGUUGUUCUUUUUGGGGCGGGGGCGGGGGGAAGGGGGUCUGGUACCCAGAGAAGAUUGCUUAGGCUCCUGCUUAGAGAAGACUGCUUAGGCUCCCCAUAGCAGUGGAUCAUGCAGUGAAUUUAAGCAGUCUCUUCCUCAGGCCACAUUCUGAGCAAAGGUCUUUAUGCUUCAUUACCUGAAAGUUUCUCUAUCCUUUCCCCCACCAAGUGUUCAGGUGUCUGUGAAUGUAUGACUUCCUUGCACUGGAAACAGUUACAAAAAGAACCGGCUUUGUUGACAUUUUCUCAACCAAAUCCACUCUUAUUGCUGAGCUCUAGAUUUGUCAGCUGCACAGUGUUUGCUUUCUGUGAUGCUAAUAGGCAGUAAUUAUUAACCUAUCCUAUCACUCGGAUCCCACGUGGUCCAUGGCUUGGUGCUUUUUGAGAGUUGAUUUUGAACACUUGCAAAAUCUGCUGAUCUUUAGCCCUUCUGCAUGUUAUUGAUGCCAGAAUCACAGACAGGAGAUUCGGGCCCCAUAAAACAGGAAGGGAAGUUGACAUUCUGUGAAGCUCCCCUCUAAUUUCUACAUAUUUGAUCUGUGCAGAACAGGGACCAGUUUCUGCUGUCGAUGGAAAAUGAUCAUCACCUUCUUCCACCUCACUUGAAUUCCUUGGCUGAUCUGCUGCUCCUUCAACUAUCUAGCUUUCUGUCAUCUUUGUUUCCCCAUUGGUCGUAAAUGGUUUUCUCUCCUCAAUCUGCUUGCCUCUUGGUAUCUGGCAAGCCAGGAGGGCGUGGCUGGAAUCUGGCUGGAUAAUCUAUGUCGGUAGCAGAUCCUGUAAUUUCAGUCUCUCUGCAUCCCAACCCAAGAACAUUGUUAAUGUCCCUACAGAAUUAACCAUGAGCCUCUCCCUCUGUGUUCUGUUUUUUAAAGCUAGAAUUACGAAGAUAAUAUAUUAUGUAUUGACAGAUACUGAAAAAGUAAUAUUUAAUCUAUAUGUAUAUAAAGCCUAAGAUGUACUUGUUCAAUAAUGGUAAUUAAAAUCUGUGAUAAAAAUGGAAAA